AUGCUCGCGUGCAUAGUUGGGAUGAGGCCCCUCGAUCUCUCCCCAGCCCCCGUCCUCUUCUUCAUUCUCCUCCUCUCCUCUUCUCCUUCUGUGCUCUCCUCCUCCCUCUCAGAUCAGUCAGCCGAUGCCGUCAGAGCGCUGGAGUGGGAGAUCCGCAGCAUCAAGCAGAGCCUCUCCGCUACCCUCGACGAGCUUCGAAGCCUCAACGCCUCUGUCACCUCCUCGCCGCAGCUUCCUUGGGGUAACCUCACCUCCAGCGUAGUUCGCUGCUCCCUCCCCUACAACUGGUCUCAGAUCGUCAACAAAGAGGACGAGGGAAGAGUUCAGAUCGGAGGCCUUGGCCACCUCAUGCAGAUGGACAGGUACGAGGUCUGGGUCUGCGACUACGACAACCGCUGUGUGCAGCAGGCAGGAGACGCCAUGUGCUUCGUCUUCGACGAGGUGCAGGAAGUCUUCCUCCCGUGGGCUGCCUGCGCUCUGACCUCUCCUCGUGCGCUGACCCCCAGCCUCCUCCAGCAAGGCCCCUUCCAGCCCGACCUGGCCCUCUCCAACAUCCUCGCCAAGCUCAAGGCCCUCCAGCAGGAGAUCCGCUCGGGGGGAUGCGGGGGGUCGUGCGUGAGCCAGCAGCAAGUGCAGCAGCUGCUGGACCAGUACUACCUGGAGCCCGGCUACCUGUGGAGCGCCGGCAGCUUUAGCGAGUGCAGCAGCCUGUGCGGCAGCGGAGUGGCGAGGAGAAGCAUCACGUGCAUCUCGAAGCUCCUCGAGCAGGUCGAGGACGUUCGCUGCUCCAACCGCUCGAGGCCUCUGGCGGAGGUUCCCUGCCUCAACCUCUCCCAGUGCUCCUACGAGUGGGAGGUCGGCCCCUACAGCGAGUGUCUCACGGGCUGCGGCCAAGGCCUUCGCCGUCGCCCCGUCUCAUGCCGGAGGAGCGACGGCGUCACCGUCGAGGCAGCCAAGUGUGUGGGAUCAGCUCCCGUCAGCGAGGAGCCUUGCGCCAACUUCUCCUCCUGCUCCUACCGAUGGACCCCCUCCGCCUGGGAAGCAUGCUCCAGCACCUGCGGGCCUGGCUUGCAGUACCGGUCGGUGAUGUGCGUGCGGUCGGACGGGGUGGAGGUGGGGGAGGGGAUGUGCGAGGGGUCGAAGCCGAGGACCUUCCAAGCCUGCACGGGAGCGUCGGGCUGUAACUACACCCUGAUCAACGAGUGCGCCGCUCAUACCGACAACUGCGCGACCCACGCGAGCUGCAUCGACACCUACUCGAGCUUCGAGUGCAGCUGCAAGCCAGGGUACGUGGGGUCCGGGACCGUGUGCGAGGACGAAGACGAGUGCGUGACGCAGACAGGCUUGUGCGAUGCGGGGAGGACGUGCGUCAACACGGAGGGGAGCUUCGAGUGCUUGUGCAAGGAGGGCUUCUACCUGGACACGGCGUCGCCCUCGGGCUCCUGCGUCGCCUGUCCCGCGGGCCUCUACACCUCCGGGCUCGGGCAGACGUCUUGCAGCUCGUGCGCGCCCGGCUACUACGGGACGGCAGACAGCAGCUGCAGCGCGUGCCCUCCCGGGUCGUCGUCAGCGGCGGGAAGCCAGCGGGUGACGGACUGCCAGUGCGAGUACGGCUUCUCCGGGACCAUCUCGAGCGCUGCCGACCGCUGCUCGCCCAUCUUCUCCAACGUCGAGGAGCAGUCGCGCUGGCUCAGGCUGGGAGCGUCGGGCAUGUCAUGCGCUCAGACGUGUGCGGCAGAAGGGAAGACGUGCGUGAGCUCGGCGAUCAACCAGAUCGACAACGAGGAGGCGAUGCGAUCGGCCGUGAAGGCGGCGAGCAUCGCGUCCGAUCGACGGAUCCGGGGAGCGAUGACGGAGCCGCAGCAGAGGCCGGGGGGCCUUCACUUGCGGGUGAGCGCGGGAGCUCACGAGCAGGGAGGAGACGGACUGCAGGACCUGACGGCGAGCAGGGGGCACGUGAAGCGUCGACGAUACGUAGAGCACGGGGCUACCAACUUUCCUCUUGUACCUCAGUCAGGUCCUAACGCAGGGCGAACUUGUUGUGAUAUCACUCAGAACUUCUAUGUGGAUGUGCCUGUGGAGCUGCAGAGCUCGAGGAUGAUAGCGGUCAGCGUAACUGUCGAGGGUGCUGACAAAGGAAAUGUAGUUCAACUAGCAAAAGUCGGAUAUGGAAGCAUAGUAUCUCCUUUCUACACCACGACUCCUUUGAGUCAGCUCAACGGCAGGAUUGAUCUCCCUCUUCAGAAAGCUGUCGGAAGUCAAGUCGGACCCAUCGCCAUCUACUAUAGAAGCAUCAACUACAACGGGCGAUCGACGUGGAGGAUCUCGGUCGGAGAGAUGAGGGACGAGAGCGAGGAGCCUCUGAGGGUCAUGUCGGAUGGCAAGCUCAAGUACGUCAACGGCUCCUUCUAUGACGUCGUCUCCUUCCCCCCCAUGAGCAUCCCGGGCCCUGUCUUCACCCUCUGCUCCAUCUCUCGCUACAACGGUGAUAUGAGGAACAGAAUCCUGAAAGCCAAAGACGAACAGUUUGUGCAUGGUCACUGGAACGGAGGACGAGGACAGGCCUACUACGACGGCUCUUGGAUCCUUCAGCAGGACUUGAGCGCGACAGCAGACGCGUGGGUGGUGCUGUGCGGGCAGAACUACUUCGAGGGCAAGUUCUUCCUCAACGGCGUGGAGUAUGAUCAAUCAGCUGGGAGCCUGCCGGGCAACCUUCAGCUCACCAUCAACGACAUCACCUGGGACCCUAAUAUCGGCUAUGUGUUUGAAUAUUCAGACUGGGCGUUGAGCGAGGUAGCGAUCUGGCGAGGAGCGUUGCGAGCAGAUGAGCUGAGAGCCGUGUCGAGUCACUUCAUGCAGAAGCUGUCUGCUGGUAGCUCCGCCCCCUACAACCACACCCUCAACGUCUCCUGCGACUCGAUGGAUGUAGCAAACAACAACAUCGCUCCCUACGUGUCAGACCUCGGCUGUUCCUUCCGCUCUCAGGACACUGAGACAGCUUGCGACGCCAAACUAUAUGGAGCAAGCCGGGUGUGCGUGUGCUCGGCCCCGUGCCUGGAGAACUUCUACGGUCAAGCCGACCAGUGCUUCCCAUGUCCCUUCUACUCUCAGUCGCAGCCCGGCAGCUCCUCCAUCCGCGACUGCUCCUGCGAUCAAGGACGGUACCUCUACGUCAACUCCUCCGACGCUCCCUGGGGCCCCCAGGGCUCCUGCGACUCGUGCCCCGCCAACGCCUGGUCGCCUACCGGCAGCUCCUCGGUCAACCAGUGCCAGUGCAUCGGCGGCUACUACCUGGAUCAGGGGCCCUCCUGCUCCUCCUGCCCGUCAGGCCUCCUCUCGCCGUUCGCGAGCUCGUCGGUGGAGGACUGCAUGUGCGAGGCAGGGAGCUACGGGUCAGCUGGGAACUGCUCGUCUUGCCCCGCCUUCAGCUCGUCGCGAGCUGGAAGCAGGUCGAUCGAAGACUGCUUCUGUCAUGCAGGCUAUGGCGUGAGAGCGACGGGGUACAGCAGGCAGGUCACGUCCCCUCACGACCAGUGCGAGCUGAUCGAGCAAGAGAUCUUCGUUGGCAGUCAGCCAGGAGUCUCAUGCUCGGCUGUCUGCGGGUCGAAGAGCCUGGCGUGUCUAGACGAGGCUCAGCCGGUACUGCUCCCUCAGCCAGACUUGUCUGCCCUUCUCUCUUCCUGGAGCUUACCAGUCUCCGCGAUUGUCGGGACCGACAGCGCGGACGCUCCCUCCUACAACCCCGUCACAGGUCAAGCCUUCUACCGCAAGGGCUUGCCCGGCACUUGUAGCGCCUCUAACGCCAACAACGUCCGAGUAUGUCGAUGCACCUGCGCCAAUAACCAGUACGGCAAGACAGGCAACUGCUCCUCGUGCCCCGCCCACAGCCAGUCCUCCUUCCAAGCUCAGGAUCGGUCGAGCUGCAUGUGCGACUCCGGUUACUUCCUCAACGCCUCGCAGGGAGGCUGCAGCCCCUGCCCCAGCGGCACCUACGCGAGGAGGAUGGAGUGGGUGGAGGGAGACUUCGGCACCAACGGGAGCAUGGGCUGGAGGGGCGCGGACAAGACCUCGAGCUGCGGGGCAUACGGCUCAGUGCUGGGAGGGCUCAACGUGCUGGGCGAGCACGCGAGCGUGAGCAAGACGUUCACGGGCUUGUGCGAGCAUGGCUUCGUGUACGUCAAGAUGCGACUGCUGCUCGUCGACCUGGUGCAGCCGGUGACGCUGCGUCUGUACGUGAACCGCCAGGAGGUCUGGAGCGAGACGGCGGGAGCCAUGGCGUCCUGGCCGUCUGAGUGCGGGAAGAGCGACGGCGACGAGCUGAUCGAGCGUGCGGUGCGAGUGUAUCACACGGAAGACUACGUGGAGGCGAUGAUCCGAGUAGACUACGACUACUGGGAGGUGUCAGCUUCGAGCGCCAAGACGUUCUGGGGGCUCAAGGACUUCUCUCUCUCCAUGCCAUGCGCGAGCUCGACCUCAGCUGACUGCAGCAUGACAUCUCCGUCAGUGCAGUCAUGCUCGGAUGUCACGGGGAGCGGAGGCACAUGCAUGCAGGCAGGCGACUAUCUCUACGUCUACUACAGCUAUGAUUCUCGGACGUGGUGGGACGCGGAGUCGAGGUGCAAUGGGAUAGGAAGAGAAGGACAUCUGGCGUACUUUCCGGAUAUUCAGACAUACCUUGAUGUGACAUCUCGUCUCGGUGUCGGUGUGUCUUACACGUGGAUCGGACUUCGAACUCCAGCAGCAUCAGCGUUUGACUUUCGUUGGGUCAUCGGAGGAUCUCCGAGCUUCUGGGGAGUCAAUGGUGUGCCACCUUCCGGGUACAGUCAGGAUGAGUAUGGUGUGUAUGUGGGAAGCCAGGGGGAAUUGCGUUAUAACCAGAAGAGGGUCCUAGCUCCUAGUGCGAUAUUCAAUCACAUCGAUCUUGGGCUCGGCUGUUCUGAUAGCAGCAACUGCUUGUAUUGGUUCGCAUUCAGCAAUUAG